AAAAAAAAUACUAAGCACGGUUAAACAUCGAGUUACUGCAGUUCCAUUCCUGUGGGUGUACACAGAGAAAUGAAAACACAAAUGCACACAAAACCUACACGUUAUCAUUUAUAGUGGCAUUAUUCAUAAUAACCCGCAAAUGGAAACAACCAAAUGUCCGUCAACUGUUAAUAAGAUGUGGUGUGUCUGUACAGUGGAAUAUUUGGCAAUAAAAAGGAAUAAAUUACCAACACAUGCUAUAACAUGGGUGGACCUUGGCUAAGUGAAAAAAGCUAAUCAUGAUAGAUUAGGCCACAUAUUGUAGGAACCCAUUUAUAUGAAAUGGACAGAACAGGCCAAUUUAUGUACAAAGUAGAUUAGUGGUUGCCCAGGGCUGAAUGUGGGGAAUGAAUUAUAUGAUGUGUGAGUUAAUAUCUCAAAAAUUUUUUAAAAAACUAAACAUACAUUGAUCAUAUGUCCCAGAAAUCUCACUCGUGGACAUUUAUCCAAAAGAAAUGGAAACUUACAUUCACACAAAAACCUGUAUGUUAUUGUUCAUAGUAGCUUUAUUUAUAAUAGUAAGAAACUGGAAAGAACUAAAUUUUUUUUUGAAACAGAUGAAUGGUUGGUUACAUUAUAGUACCUCCGUGCUGUGGAAUACUACCCAGCAAUCAGAAGGAAGUAACAGUUGGUACAGGUAACAACUUGCAUGGAUCUCCAGAGCAUGAAGCUCAAAACUUGAAGAGGCACAUACUCUGCUUGUGUUCCUAGGACAUUCUCAAAUGACAGAGGAGAUGGAUGGCUGUGCGGGAGAGCUUGAGAAAAAAGUGGACACGUGGAACCUUUCUUACAAACUUAUUGCAGGAGCGACUGGGACAUCACCUUCUAGAAGUAAUGCCCACAGAAAGCGGGAGUUGCUCCACUGCUCGCCAAGCAAAACAGAAACGCAAAUCUCAUAGCCUUUCUAUACGAAGAACGAACAGCUCGGAGCAGGAGAGGACGGGUCUGCCAAGAGAAAUGUUAGAAGGACAAGAUUCUAAGCUGCCUUCCUCGGUUCGCAGUACACUUUUGGAGCUGUUUGGUCAAAUAGAGAGAGAGUUUGAAAACCUUUACAUUGAGAACUUAGAAUUGCGUAGGGAGAUUGAGACUCUUAAUGAACGUUUAGCUGCCGAAGGACAAGCAAUCGAUGGGGCGGAACUGAGUAAGGGCCAGCUCAAAACAAAAGCCAGCCACAGCACCAGCCAGCUUUCUCAGAAGCUGAAGACCACUUACAAGGCCUCCACCAGCAAGAUCGUCUCCAGCUUCAAGACCACCACGUCGAGGGCCGUGUGCCAGCUCGUGAAGGAGUACAUUGGCCACAGGGAUGGCAUCUGGGACGUCAGCGUGGCGAGGACACAGCCCGUGGUGCUGGGCACCGCGUCUGCCGAUCACACGGCCCUGCUGUGGAGCAUAGAGACAGGGCGGUGCCUCGUCAAGUACUCAGGCCACGUGGGGUCAGUAAAUUCUAUCAAGUUUCAUCCAUCAGAGCAGUUGGCUCUUACUGCUUCUGGAGAUCAGACCGCCCACAUUUGGAGAUACGCCGUCCAGCUGCCAACGCCCCAGCCUGUUGCUGACACCACUCAGCAGAUAUGUGGCGAAGAUGAAGUGGAGUGCUCCGAUAAAGACGAGCCUGAUGUUGACGCGGAUGUGUCCAGUGACUGUCCUACCAUCCGGGUGCCGCUGACAUCUCUUAAGAGCCACCAGGGAGUGGUCAUAGCCGCUGACUGGCUGGUUGGGGGGAAGCAGGCCGUGACGGCCUCCUGGGACAGAACGGCGAAUCUGUUUGACGUGGAGACGGCGGAACUCGUUCACUCUCUAACAGGGCAUGACCAGGAGCUAACGCACUGUUGCACACACCCCACCCAGCGGCUUGUGGUGACCUCCUCCCGGGACACGACUUUCCGUCUUUGGGAUUUCAGGGACCCUUCCAUCCACUCCGUGAAUGUCUUCCAGGGCCAUACGGACACCGUGACCUCGGCCGUGUUCACCGUGGGAGAUAAUGUUGUUUCGGGCAGCGAUGACCGCACCGUGAAGGUCUGGGAUUUAAGGAAUAUGAGAUCCCCCAUUGCGACUAUUCGCACAGACUCUGCCAUCAACAGGAUCAAUGUAUGUGUCGGCCAGAAGAUAAUCGCCCUCCCACACGACAACCGGCAAGUGAGGCUGUUCGACAUGUCGGGCGUGCGGCUGGCGCGGCUCCCCCGUAGCAGCCGGCAGGUGCGAACAUCGGCCCGGCUUUGCUGUUCCCUGGACGUGCGUUUACUAGCCUGGAUUCUCUUUUUCUCUACAAAUUGGACAGAAGUGGUUUCAUGGAAGUUUGCCGGACAGACGGGGAGAUUCGUCCUGAGACCUCGUAUCCAUCCAAGGUCUGAGGCCGCACAGGGUGGUGUCCGGGUCCAGACAAGCUGGUGGAGCCUGGGGAGGAGACAGCAGCCCUUCCUGUGUUGUUUAAGGCACAAACAGACAAGGUGCCUGUGGGUCCUGGGAACACACAUUUGUCUGGUGUUAUGUCCAGAUGAGUGUGCUGUCUUGUUUUGGCUUCUUUGUUUUGCCCUCUGAGGUUGACAGCCAGGGACUCCCUGGCUGCCAGGGGCUCGUUGGUCCGGGUGACCACACGCUGCCCCUUCCCUGUGUCUUCUCCGUAACUAGCCUGGUCCGCAGUCUCAGUGAACCGCUCGGGGCCCAGCUCAUCCUGCUGGUCCUGCGCUGCUCGCGUCCUCUGUCUCGGGCUCCUUGAGGACCUGCCGUGUGACCUCUGUGCCCGGAGGCACCAAGAGGGAGUGUGCUGGUGUUUGCUCUGAGGUACGCCCGUCAGCAGCCCGUUUUAACGCAGCUGGGCCUGUGCCCCGACGACACCCCUGGACCGGGCGGCCUCCCCUCUGGCCUCUACACACAGCAGUAGGAAGGCAGGAUGAAUUCGUCAGGACGCUGCGUGUUCGCUCUUUUGCUUCUGCACCUGGGGAGUUUCUCCCAUCAGCUCGACGUCAUGUUCGCAAUGUGCUGUGUAACAAGUGGCUUGUCCCAGGCAGGGUCACAGAGAAGGUCACGCAGGGGCGCACCUGUGUCCCCACCUGAUUUCCGUGUGCGGGUGUGGGGUCCCGUCGAGCGAGGGGCACGGCGCGUUUCUGGACAUGCCCCUUCUGUUGUCUGUCAGUUGGUAUGUCCACGUGAACAGCUCCGUGCCUGCAGCGGAGAUCCUGACGGAGACCCCUCUUCUUGUACAGACGGGAGCACAGACGAAUCCCAGAGGGAAGCCGGCGAAGGGGCAGCCGUGUCUGCGUGAUGCCACCCGCUCGUGGGUUCUUGAGCGGAAGAAGCCGGGUGCGGUGCUGACCUGACGUUCGAGGCCCAAGAGACAAAAUGUGUGUGUUAGAGACAGAGAGGCAGAGGCAGGGAGAGGGUGAGAGAGACAGAGGCAGAGACAGACGGAGGUGGAGACACACACAGGCAGGGGCGUCUGGACCGGGCAGGCUGGGUGGGCGGUGCUGAGGCACAGGGACAGGACUGGAGAAGCAGUCUAAGGACAGGACGGACAUUUAUUUGGCCCUGGAUGGUUGGCUUCUUGUUAAUCUCUCCCAGCUCCUGGCACGCUCUUGGAGGCUUUUUGUUUGUUUAGCGUUUAGUAAGGACGCGAUAUUUUUCCAAUUGAGAGGUCGUGCAGAUAACCACGACGGAAAAAGGUAAUCGGAACUCGAGCAGAAAUUGAACAUCGGCAAGAACCAGGCGGAGACCUCAUUUUAAAGAUGAGGGUGUGGAGACUCAGAGAUUCACGACUUUGGCCAUAAUCCGUAAGUGUCAGGAUUAGGGUGUGGACACAGCACUCAGGGUCGUCGGCAUUUUUCGCUGUCCUUCACUGAGGCACCCGCAGCAUGAGCAUUACGCCACAGGCCUCUCCCUUCUCGACACACGUGUCCGGGCAGACGCUCACCGCUCACACGCUAGGCGCUAGAAUCCAGCUGUCACCUUGCGUCCAGAAGACGGGCCUUAUGCUAGUGACACAGAAGCAUAAACAAGCUCAGGAGUUGUAACUUGAAGACAGGGGUUUGCACACCAUGCGGGGAGGACGCGAUUCCCAGACCUCCCCUCCUCACGGCUGUCCAGUGUGUCAGGCACCAUAGCAGGUGCACAGGAUACAUCUCACUGUUGUCCUGUGAAAGACUGACAACGUGAGAGGCUUACACAGGACAGGACGUGGGCUGUCCAUGCACGUUUGUUGGGUGGGACGCGGGGCCACGGUGUUGGAGGGAGAGCUUGGGGAGGAGGGGACGGGGCAGCCCUUGGCAGGAUGACAGACAGAGUCAAGUCACCGAAGGUCCUAGAGGAACGGGGCAGUCGAGGGGAGUUCAGUGACGGCACCAUAUGUGGCACGUGCAAAGGGUUGAGGGAAACUCGGGAAGGAGGGCUGUGUGGACCUGGUGAGUGGCUGCCACCGAGGCAGUGAGGGCAGCUGGGAGCCACAUGUGAUCCCACGGCUGCCCUGGGCUCGCUCUCUCCAGUGCACAUGCGUGCGUGUCCAUCACACGGGACACCCACAGGCUUGCAUGAGCACACCAGAUGCGUGCACACGCCCCACGUGUAACCGCACGUGACCCGCAUGCCGCACGUGACCACCCACCACACGCAUGUGCUCGUGGUGCACUGCACACACCACACACAGGCACACACGUGCAGUGCUCACGUCACCCAUGUACACUCAUGCACGUGUGCAUCACGUGUGUAUGCACACACGCUGGGGACACAGAAUGGGGGUGACGGCACCCUGUGGACGAGUGCUGCUCCUGGGCACACGCAGGGUGUCCCCCUGCCCUUCGUUCUCUGGCGGAGGGCCCUGGAGCAGCACCCCUCCCACCUGAGACCCGCCAUCUGCUCUUGGGUCGUCGUCUUACAAGGCAGAAGGGAAGGCAGUAAAGACAUAAUUUUCUGUUGCCUGGGCAGCAGUAUUGACCGUUUCCUUUUCCCUUUUCUCUUCUUUCUAAACUGCUUGUUAUGGACAUUUGCAAACAUACACAAAAGCAGAAGAGGAUGAUGAGCCCUGUUCCCACAGCCGGUUCUGGUAGUUUCCAUCUCAUGGCCCAUGUCCUGUGAGCUCUGUCCCUCUCUGGUUGUUUUGAUACAAAUCUCUGAUGUCCCACUCCUAUUUGAUAUGUAAGAUGUAAUUCUUGAGGAGACAGGGAUUGCGGCCUCCAGAUCUCAGAGAUUCUGUGCUAUUCGGUAAUCAAUCCUGUUUUUAAAAAGUUGUAAUAUUUAGAAAUGGGAAGAUUAAACUGGGGUCUAGUAUAAGAGGACACACAUCUUCAGGAUUCUUAAGGAUUGGAAGAACCAGUGUUGUUAAAACGUCCAUGCUACCCAAAGCACCAUGGAGAUUCUGUGCAAUCCCUGUCCGGAUUCUAACGACAUUUAUCUGUACGGCUGGAACAAGUCCCAACAUUUGUGUGGAACCACAAAAGACUCUGAAAAUUGAAAGCAGUCGUGAGAAAGCACAAAGCUGGAGGCAUCGAGCUCCUUGAUUUUAAACUACGUCACACAGUUCUAGUGAUCGAAACAGCAUGGUACUGGCACAAGAACAGACACAUAACUUGGCGGAACAGGAUGGGAUCCAGAAAUAAACCCACACCUACGUGACCAAUUAAUUCACGACAAGGGAGCAAGAACACACAAUGGGGAAAGGACAGUCUCUUCCACAAAUGGUGUUGCAAGAACUGGACAGCAGCAUUGAAGAAUGACACUGGGCCACUGUCCUCCACCGUGCACAAACAUAAUGGAUGUCAGAAUGGAUGAAAGUCUUAAAUCUAAGACCCCAGGCAGUAAGCACCUUGUCAUCAGUCUUGGCGACGAGUUUUUGGACCUGACACCAAAAGCAAAGACAGCAAAAACAACAGUGAACAGGUGGGACCAUAUCAAACUAAAAAGCUUCCGCUCAGCAAAGGAAACCAUCCACAGAGUGAAAAGGCAGCCUACAGGGGAUAUAAUACUUGGAAAUCACAUGUCUGAUAAAAGGCUAAUUUCCAAAAUAUAUAAAGAACUUCUACGACUUGAAAGCAAAAAACCCCAAUCUGAUUGAAAUAUGGGCAGAGAUACCUUUCCAAAGAAGACAAAUAGGUAGCCAACAGGUACGUGAGGAGGUGCUCAGUGUCACCGACCAUCGGGGAAAUGCAAACCACAAGGAGGUGCCACCUGACACCUGUCAGAAUGGCUGGGAUCCAACACACAAGAAACAGCAGGUGCUGGCGAGGAUGCAGAGAGAGGGGAACCUCUUGCACUGCUGGUGGGAGUGCAAACUGGUGCAGCCGCUCUGCCAAAACCAGUGUGGGGGUCCCCAAAAAGUUAAAAAUGAAAUUACCUUAUGAUCCAGCCAUCCAGCUUUUGGGUAUUUAUCUGUAGAAAAUGAGAACACUUAAUUCAAAAAAAUAUCUGCACCCUCUGUUUGUUGCAGCAUUAUUCGCGGUAGCGAAGACCUGGAAACAAGCUAAGUGUCUGUUGACGGAUGAGUGGGUAAAGAAGAUGUGGUGUGUAUACGACGGAAUGUUAUUCAGCCAUGAGAAAGAAAGAGAUCUUCCCACACGGGUGGAUGUCAUGGGCGUUCUGCUAAGUGAAAGAAGUCAUAAAGACAAAUACUGUAUGGUCUUACUUGUAUGUGGAAUCUAAAACCAGAAUAAACUUAAAGGUGCGGAACAGAUUGGUGGUUGACAGGGUGGGGGUGGGGGUGGGAAAAAAAGGGUAAAAGGCGGAAAAUGUUUUAAAAAUUUGAACAUAUGGAAAAGCAUUCCACACUUUUGGCAAGGAGUCUCCACACCAAAAGUCAUCGGUCCCCCUAAAGUUAGUCCAUAAAUUUAAUUAAUCCCAAUAGAACUUGGAGUAGGAUUCUAGACGAGUUAAUCCAGAAGCGAGCAGUGAGUAAAACUAGUCAUGAAAAUGUUGAUGGGGGUUGCUAGAGAUUAAAAAUCUAUAGUGAUUAAAGCUGUGCAGUAGUAGUAAAUGCACACAGAGGUAGAUCAAAGAAAUGUCCACCAAUAGACUAAAGAACACCUAGGAAUUUGGGGCGCCUGGGUGGCUCAGUCGGUUAAGCGUCUGACUUCAGGUCAGGUCAUGAUCUCAUGGUUCCCCAGUUUGGGCUGUGUGUUGACGGCGUGGAGCCUGCUUGGGAUUCUCCCUCUCUCUCUGGCCUUCCCCCCCCUCCCCUGCUUGUAUGUGCACACUCUCUCUCAAAAGUAAAUAAAGCAUUAAAAAGAAAGAACGUAUAGGAAUUUGAUUGUUUUAUAAGGUUAACAUUAAAGAUUUUUGAAUUUUGAA